AUGAUCUGCCAAAUCCGUCUGGCCUGGGUGCUCAUCGAUGGCGGCAGUACCCUCAACAUCAUCUUCGCCAAGACCCUGAAGGACAUGGGCUUCGACAUGACUAAGCUGGUCCCCUCGAACCAGGCCUUCUAUGGCAUUAUCCCGGGUGCUGGCUUGACUCCGUUCGACAAGGUCACCCUCCCGUUCCCCUUCGGCACUCGGGACAACUACAGAAGCAAGUCCAUCAUCUUCGAGGUGGAGCCAUUCGAGACUUCCUACCAUGCCGUACUUGGGAGACCAGCCCUCGCCAAGUUCAUGGCGAUCCCAAACCACACAUAUCUUCUUCUGAAGAUGCCGGCUCCAAAUGGAGUCCUCUCCAUCCGCGGCAACUUCUAG